GCUGUACUGUAUUUAAGUGAGGAAGCUCAGUGGUGAGCUUAAGAGGGGUCUACUGCGCUCGUGCAGAAGAUAACACACAUACACACGUACACACUUUUACACACUUUUACACACACUUUAACACACUUCUACGCACACACACACACACACACUCGCUGGAGCAUGGCUGAUGCGGUGAAGAACGUGGCGCUGUUCGGCUGUACGGGGAUGACCGGAGCCGCGACCUUACCGAUUGCAGCUGCUGCAGGCUAUAAUGUGACUGUGCUGGUGAGGGAUCCGUCCAGACUGCCUGCCGACCACAAAGCCUCCAGAGUGGUGGUGGGAGACGUGCUGAAUAAGGAGGACGUGAAGAAGACGCUGGAGGGUCAGGAUGCGGUAAUCAUCAUCCUGGGCACCAGGAACGACCUCAGUCCCACUACCAUGAUGUCUGAGGGAACACGUAACAUCCUGGAAGCCAUGAAGGCCCGCGGCAUCCGCAAGGUCAUUGGCUGCAUGUCUGCCUUCCUGCUGUGGGACAGGAGUAAGGUGCCCCCCCGCCUGGUUCCUGUUACUGAAGACCAUGACCGGAUGUACACAGUGCUGAAAGAGUCUGGCCUGGAUUAUGUGGCUGUAAUGCCCCCUCACAUCGCCGAUAACCACCCUCUGACGGAGAAGUACACAGCGACUGAGAACAUGCUGAAAGGAAGAGUCAUUUCCAAACACGACCUCGGACACUUCUUCGUUAAGUGUCUGUCCACCUCAGAGUGGGAUGGGAAGACGGUGGGCGUUUGUGGAGAGUACAGUUAAACGAACUGUACCAGCCAAGAGCUUUUUAAUGAGAUACUAACAUAUAUACAUCACCUCUAACCUUAAAUCUUCAUAUCGUGCCCUUUUAACAUUUACUCACAUGAAGCUUUUGAACAGAUCCAAUCAUAUUUAUCAUGAUCAAUAAUUUUUUAUUUCACAAAUAAUCUCACAGUAGAUUUUAUAUGCAAAGACAUUUUGAUAAAAUAGAAACUUGUUACAAUGUGCCUGCUUGUUCUGAUAAAAAGGGAAAUGUCUGUUAGUUGUACAAUAAACAUUUUUUUCCUAUUAAA